AUGGAGGCAUAUCCGCCCGCAUACGUGCAACACAACCUCCCAUUCAUCGUCCUGUCUGGCCUGGGAUCCCAGCAUGAACUCGAGCCGCCUCCGUCAGUCCACAGCGUGCUCCCAGGGAGGGCUGCCACACGAACAAACUCGGAAAUACCCCCCGUAACCGGUGAGCGUGCAGACCAGCUCUUGCAAGGCUUUCUGAGCGCCGAUGGUACCAAUGCACCGUGGAACGCUCGAAACUCCACGCGCAAGGAUCUAGCGCAUGCAUUCAGGAUACGAUCUGUAGGGCGGGACUACGUGCUGCCUCCCAAGAAAGCAGAUGCACCCACCACCUCAGAAACCACCCCACCGGGUAGCCCAACCAUUGCAGCGGCGACUUCAUGGAUUCUCCAUUCGCCAAUAUCUCCACUAUCGCCGGGAGCGACCAUCUUCCCAGAUGGUGUCAUCGCCCCUUCGUGGGUUGCAAAACACCAGGACUACAUACCUUCCGUCUUCGUCUCCUUUUUCGACUUCACCACCGACCCUGUCACGAACAGUCUGCACGACAACCAGCUCAAGACGGAGAUCAACAAGAUCAAGGGGCAGUUAUCGAAAUCAGAGCAUCGUACACGGUACGUCGUCGUGCUCCUGAGCAACAAGACUGUAUUGGAAGCCCCAGACAUUGAGGAGCGCCUGACUGUCAUUCGGCGUGCUACCGGUCUCGACCCCAAGAACUCGCUCUUCUUCCUUCCACCGAAUACAUCUCAAGUCGAGUUGCGAGCGUUCGUCGCAUCUGUGUUCACGACUUUGCAUCCUCUCUGCGUAGAGUACUACCGAGACCUCACCAAACAUGCCCGGAGAAAGAAGGGCAGAGGUACCGUCCCUCCUCCAACAGCGCCACCAACCCGCGGCACCUCUCAAACGCUCUCUCAUCCUGGCUGGGGCGUGCGCUAUGACUUCAAACUAGGUGUCCUUGCAGAAUUUAGGCAGGAGAUGGAUGCUGCCCAACGACACUACAGCGCCGCACUUGAUGCUCUCUUUGGCCCAGAGGGUAUCUUCGAGACGACCGCAAGCUGGUCCCCUAGAUGGGACGAAAUUCGACUGUUGGCCGACACUAUCGCCUUUCGACAUAUUCGCUGUCAAUUGUGGAACUACCAACUGACGUCUGCAGCCCAGACGUGGUUGAGAUACAAGGCUAGACUUCAGGAUGUGCUUGAUCGCAGGAGCAAAGGCACUUCCAACUACGGCUGGCAGGCUUGGGAGUCGAGGUGGGCCCAGCUGAUGGCUGAGCUAAUCCAGCGGACAGAACUGCCAGUCUUCCGCGCAGAUGGCGACGCUUCAGACGAAGAGACAGGCUUGAUCUAUGCACCUCCUGAGAAGCAAUUCCUCAUGGGCGAAAGAUUGCCACCUUGGGAACUGUUACAUCAUGCAGGCUAUUGGUACAAACUGUCCGCAGAGCACGCAAAGAAACGAUACAUCCUAGCUCGCGAUAUGCCAGAGGAAGACCGAAUCCCUCCCGGCAUGUCUCCUGCGACAAAGGUAUCGGCUCGAAACCAGGUUUACGAUCACUACUUGGUUCCGCAGCCCCACGAGGAGCUCCCUUUGCCAGGCAGUGGUGGAGAAGGUUUCCAACAUUGGAAUGAUAUCUCUACCAAAUUGGAUGCUGCUGUGAAGGAGUUCAAGGCACGUGGGCAGCAACGCAAAGUGGACCAGCUGCGACUGGAUACUGCCAGGACUCUGCUGCACGUGAAGAGGUUCGAUGACGCCUUCAAGGUCCUGCGACCAUUAUGGGCAUCAAUGUCUUGGAGGAAAGAAGGGUGGUGGGGUCUUGCUUCUGAAGUCUUAUGGGCUCUUCAUGAGUGUGCGCUGCGUGUCCAGGAUCGAGAGACAUAUGUUGCGACUGAAUGGGAACUCUACAGUCAAGCCAUAGCAGGGAAGACCCGGUACAAGUACGACCUGAUGUCAUGUUUGGACGUAUUCCCAACAGAGGCCUCCUCAGAGAAGGUCACGAUCAGCCUUGACACCAAGGACUAUCUCUCGUGCAUAUCCGUACAUCUUGCCUUGUUGGGCAGCGAAGGCAACGUAGGAGAGCCUCUCCGGUCGCAGAUAGUGGUCGCCUCGACAGCACGGCCAGGAUCUGUCCCUAUCACAUUGUCGUCUCUGCAAGUGCAGUUCAAGGGUGGCUUGCAUGAGGUGCGACUGACGCACGAGCCUGAUGAAAAUGCAUCCUCCACAUUCUUCGACUGCACGCUACAGGAAAGCGCUGCACCACCCGAGAAGCCAAAGUGGGUGGGUGCCACAGACUUGACACUCCAACCCGGCCAAACCAAGGUAUACAAUUUUCCGCUUGUAUUCCGUGAAGCGGGCGACGUUGAGGCAGUAGCCUUCAUCUUCGAGAUCAACACCGACAAGUUCGAUCUGGUCUGUUCCAACAGUGAACUAGAGACCGAGCCCCACUCGAUCUGGUGGACCAAGUCCGAGUCUGGGGUCAAACCACGCAAAGUAAAGCGACUGUCAGGGAUCACUACUCACAUCCUCCCGAAGCCGCCGAAGAUGGAGAUCAGGCUCCCAGAUGUACGUGGACAAUACUUCACAGAUGAGCCAGUGACGCUGGCGAUAGAAAUUUCCAACCAGGAAGAGGAAGAGACCGAGGCUGUGCUCGAAGUCCGUCUGUUGGGACGCUCGAAGGACACGCUCGGAUUCAGCUGGGUAGAUCGGCCUGCAUCAUCGCCUAUGAAGGAGGUUCCGCCAGUCCUAGACGGCUCGACCGAUGUUGAUCUGCCAGGUCACGUGGUGGGCAGGCUAGCACAGGGCGCCAGAACGACUGAAAAGAUACGCUUUACUGCACCCGCAGAUCCGGCGGACUAUGCCUUGGAGGUCAAAGUGCUCUACCACCUGUUGAGCGACCGUGAUAUACCCAUCUCCAAGAUCAUGAUCGCCGACCUGGUCUUCAACGCUCCCUUCGAAGCCAGCUAUGACCUCCAUGCUCGAGUGCACUCGGAUGCCUGGCCUAGCUACUUUGAGCUGCAAGAGGCUGAGAGCAAGCACGACUCGGACUCUACGGAUGCGUUCGGCAUCGCGCAGAGUUGGGGUCUACGCGCCAAAGUCGCCUCCUUUGCGGACGAGCCGCUCAUUGUCAAAGAUGUGGCCAUUGAAGUACACAGCAUUCAUGGCGGCGCGACGUGCGAUGUAGUCCAAGAGUUCUCUGCUGCAGACACAGCCAUGAACAUGCAAGAGCUGCACGACUGGUCUUUCAGUCUCGACAUCCGCAAGAACAACCUUGAAGAGCGCCGGUCGACAGCUCUGGACACGACACUGAACAUCACCUGGCAGCGCACCUCUUCACCCGACGCAGAGCCCAUUGCCUCCUCCCUGCCCAUCCCCCGCAUACAGAUCCCGUCUUCGGAGCCGCGUGUUCUCGCGUCGAUUGUGCCCUCGUCGGCCGUGGCCUCGGUUGUCCACCUAGACUACACGCUGGAGAACCCGACGAUGCACUUCCUCAGCUUCGAGUUGAACAUGGAGGCCAGCGAGGAGUUUGGCUUCAGUGGGCCGAAGCUGAGGCUGGUUCAUCUGUUGCCCAUGAGCAGGCAGACGGUGAGGUAUACUAUUUUGCCACUGGUAACGGGAGCUUGGAUAGCCCCGAGUCUCAAGGUCAUGGACAAGUACUUCAACAAGGUGUUGAGAGUGCAGGCCACGGAGGGGUUGAGGCAGGACAAGAGCCGAGUCGAGGUCUGGAUACCAGGGGAGGACGGCAAGGGGCCACAAGAGCCAAGUGUGUAG